AGGAGCUGUGGCAGAUAAAAGAACCCAUGUUUUCACAUCUUUCCUUUGACUGUGUCCUGCUGCUGCUGCUGUUACUACUUGCAAGGUCUUUGGAAGAGGAAUACAUAGUGGAGGUGGGUCAGGAUGCCCGACUACCCUGCUUCUACACUCCCAACCCCCCAGGGAGCCUGGUGCCUGUAUGCUGGGGCAAGGGAGCUUGUCCUGUGUUAAAAUGUGGCACUGAGAUACUCAGAGUCAAUGAAAGGAACAUGAUAUAUCAGGCAUCGAGCAGAUACCAGCUAAAGGGGAAUUUCCACCGAGGAAACGUAUCCCUGACCAUAGAGAAUGUGACUUCAGCAGACAGUGGGAUCUAUUGCUGCCGGAUCCAAUUCCCAGGUCCAAUGAAUGAUAAAAAAUAUGACUUGAAGUUGGUCAUCAAACCAGCCAAGGUCACCCCUGUUCCAACUCUGCAGAGACCCUUUACUACGACCUUUCCAAGAAUGCUUACCAGUGGGAGACACAACUCAGAAACAUGGACACUGGGGAUACUCCAAGAUGAAAAUCAAACACAAAUAUCCAUAUCGGCUAAUGAGUUACAAGACCCUAGAGUGACCAUCAGAACAGUUGUCUACAUUGGAGCAGGAAUCUCCGGGCUGGUUCUCACUCUUAUCUUUGGUGUUUUAAUUUUCAAAUGGCAUUCUUAUAGCAAAGAGAAGUUACAGAAUUCAAGGCUCGUCUCUUUGUCCAACUUUGCCCCUUCAGGGUUAGCCAAUGCAGCAGCAGAGGGGAUGCGCUCAGAAGAAAACAUCUAUACCAUUGAGGAGAACGUGUACGAGAUGGAGGAUCCAAAUGAGUACUACUGCUCUGUCAGCCAUGGGCAGCAAGCCUGA